UUCUAUUACAGCCAGGCACGGUAGAAAUGGUCGAUCAAUCAACUUCGUGACCGUGCGCUAGUCUUCUUAGCGUACCAGGAAUUUUCACAGAUUAUACUGUUGCGCAAGAAAUAAGGAUAAUGAUGCCCGUCGGUCAACCCAAUUAACUUCCAAUUACUGACCCUAAGAUGGUAGGGCCGAGUUUGCAACAUCGACAGGUCGGGUCACCAAACCCGCCCCGUUGUGGUAGCAGCAGUCAAUCGAUUUUCCAUUCGCCGAUACUACAUUCUGACUGAAGACGGCAUACCAAGAAGAUGUUUCUCACCAAGUGGUCUAGGAAUCUUGGGAGUCAAACAUUCAAACAACACUAACUUGUGACUUGUAAAUCAGUAUCCCAUCGAAGACAGAUUAACAAAUCUGUUGUGUUUGAUUAGUGCAAACAACAGAAAAAUCUCACACACAUCCAAAAACCCGUAACCCCACGGUAAAACGGCUGAUACGAAUAAUCGUAUCAAGUGUUCGGAUUUUACACCAAAGCCCACGUGGAGUGUACGAACGUGGAGAAAAAAUGAUAACAAACGAACUGGCAAUACGACUCAUGUUCAUUCAUUCCGCUAGUAUUACCGAACAAAAAACAACUAUACUCAAGUAUCCAAAACCCGAAUAGCCAUCACCUGUGUAGGGGAAAUGUUCGAUCACGGGCAGUCUGUAGCGUGGUAGUAAUGUUGCCGUUGCCACAUUGCGCAGACGCCCGAAACCAGCAACGAAUCGUGUCGUGCAGUGCUUCUCCAUUUAGUGCUCGAACGAUGCUGGUACGAACUGCUCGAAUGAUAACGCACUGAAGACACCGACAGUGUUCUCGCUCUCGUCGCACAAGUUCAGCGCUCACUGUUCCAUUCCCUUCCGUUAUCCUGGCUAGCCUCUUGUUGCCGGUGACCACUCUCAACUCGGGUACAACCUAGAACAGUGACUGUAAGCACCAGCUGCGACGGAACGCGUUGUCAGUCAGUUGGCAAAUUGCCGUUAACCGCACCGGACGCGAAUUGUGGACUGGAGAUUCGGGACGUCCUAUCAGAGUGCAAACAGGACGUGUGAUGGUGUGCGCGCGAGACUAGUGCGUGUGUCGGGAGGAUUUUUUUUUACGUUACAUUCGAAACACCACGCAACGAUGUGAAUGAUCGGAUAUGCAACGCGUAUGACAUUUGUUACUUAAUAAGACGCACAUAACUCUCGACUAUGAAGAACGAUCACAGAACGAUACCUAAUCCUUCGUGUGCCGGAAACUGAAAUACUUCAUUACACAAGUGAAGAAAACAAAAACAAACAAGCAAAAAUUGCUUGUUGGUGACGUUUAGUGUUAAAAAGUGACGAGUGUUCGAAUGUUGCACACAAAUGUGUGGCCGAGGUGUGAUCGUUGGCGACGAAUUUUGCAGCAGCCGUGCCCGAAAGCAGUGUGAGCAGCUGUUGAUGCGCUGCUAGAGCAGGAAAGUGAAGUGUAAAGUAAAAAAAAAAUCGGUAAAAUAGUUGAAACGAGACGUCCAGGUGGUAAAGAGUCAUGUCAGUCAUGCAUCCGAGAAUCUUCCUGAACGUUUGCUUCCUGCUAGCGCUAGGACACGAAAUCGAAGCCAGCUGGGAGGAAUGGUGGACAUAUGAUGGAAUUUCAGGACCCGCCUUCUGGGGACUCAUCAACCCGCAGUGGAAUAUGUGCAACAAAGGACGCCGCCAGUCGCCGAUUAACGUGGAACCGGAGAAGCUACUGUUUGAUCCAUACCUUCGAUCACUGCACAUUGACAAGCAUAAGAUAUCGGGCACGCUGCACAACACCGGCCAAUCGUUGGUCUUCCGGGUGGAGAAGGACACAAAACAGCAUGUAAAUAUUUCCAGCGGUCCACUCGCCUACCGGUACCAGUUUGAGGAAAUUUACUUCCACUACGGUACGGACAACAACCAGGGCUCGGAGCAUCACAUCCACGGGUACAGUUUCCCCGGUGAGAUUCAGCUGUACGGUUUCAACAAGGAGCUGUACCACAACAUGUCCGAGGCACAGCACAAGGCCCAGGGCAUCGUCGGUAUUUCGCUAAUGCUGCAGAUCGGCGAUACGCCUAAUCCGGAGCUGCGGAUAAUUACCAGCGCCUUCAAUAAAGUCCUGUACAAAGGAUCUUCCACGCCGAUCCGGCAUAUCUCGUUGCGAUCGUUACUACCGAACACGGAACAGUACAUGACGUACGAGGGUUCAACCACACAUCCUGGGUGCUGGGAAAGUACGGUUUGGAUUAUCCUCAAUAAGCCCAUCUACAUCACCAAGCAGGAGCUGUACGCGCUGCGAAAGUUAAUGCAAGGUUCGGAACAAACGCCCAAAGCACCGCUCGGCAAUAAUGCUCGACCGCUGCAAGCGUUACACCACCGAACCGUGCGGACCAACAUCGACUUUGCCAACACGGGCGUCAGCAAGACCCAAAGCUGCCCAACGAUGUACAAAGAUAUGUACUACAAGGCGAACCGCUGGACGUCCGAGAUAUCGGCGCGUGGCCGCGAACGAGGGCUUCCCGACAUAGAGAGCGUGUUUCAUUCGCUUCCAUAGUGGCACCAGGGUCCGUUACGUAGUGCAGUAACACGGACACAUCAGCAGUCUGCCACCGAACGCUACCGGCACGGGACCAAUGUGGAUCCCGGUCUGGUCGGAAUGGUUGCAGCAGUACGCGCCGACUGACGUGACUGAGCAUCCGAGCAACCGUGCGGAAGUUAUCGGCCUUUUUACAAACGGCCAGAAACAAGGGAUGCUGAGAUUGGGGUUCGGGGAGGGUUUUUUUGUAUCGUUCCAACGUACGUAUAGUAAUGCCUUUCCCAAUGCCCUCUUUUUUCUGGUUUUACGUGCUAACUCUCCAUUAUCUAGGCAGCAAACAAAACAUUAGAGGACUUAUUAAACCAAGUAAAAACCAAUUUGGAACCAUUGCCUAUAUACAAAAGCAUAUACUUAUAAAUACACAUAUGCAUAGAAAUGCCUACUCCGAUAGUGAAAAAUAGAAGAAGGAAGAAACAAAAAUCUACUAAACGCAACAACAGGUGUAUCCUUUAAAACAAAACAAAAAACCGGUCUCACCACCCAGCAUAAACACGUCCAAACGAUACUGCUGAAUUGGUCUGGUAUGUGUUAGUGUUUCUUUGCAAGCGCUCAUAAGGGUCUGCACCUUCAUAUUGCUUCGAAAGCAGCCGUGUAACUGUAAACUAAUAAUUAAUUCUUAUGAUGUGUGCUACGAAUGGAUGCCAAACAUGAUCCGUAGCGACAUGAUGAAUGUGAAGAGGGUCGAAAACACAUUCACCACACUCGCAUAACAAAAGGAAAACCAUUUAUACUAACCUUCAUCCAGUGAGGGCGGGGGAGAAGAAAAUAAAUUCACCAAACAUGUAGAGAGAUUCGAAAUGAUGAAUAAGAUAAGUAAACUAUUACCAGAGAAAUAUGGAAUCAUUUUCUUUUUCAUGUCUCUCUCUUUUUCUCAUUCUUUCUCCCCCGUCUAAAAAGGGGUUCGAAAGAGAAGAAAAAAAAACCACUCCAAACCAAUUGACUUUAGAAGUGGGCAGGGAAAAAUGUGGGAAAAAAACCGUUUAUUUCUUUCACGCCUUUAGCUGCGUCCGUGGUGCGGGGUUCCGAAGAGAGAACAGAAAAUUAAAACGCCAAGAGCGCAAGAUGCCUCUUUGCAGUGGACAAUAAUUAUGAAAUGGAGAGUUAAACAAACAAAAACAAGAGAUAAAAGAAAGGCGAUAAAAGAGGCGAGGGGGAGGGGGUGGAGGGUGGAGAACAGGGUGAAGAUAAAAGGGCCGUAAUCCUUGGAGAAGGGGAAGGGGUUGUUAUAGGCAGAAUGUACAGGUUAAAAUGCCUUGCUUUCAAAAGCGAUGAGCAAUGCUGCUUAUUAAUUCCAUUUUGUUGUGCAGAUUGCAUAACCAGUGCGACUAUUUAACAAAGUAUGCUCUAACUAGCCGGUCGAAUUGUGCUAUAUGGAUGUUAAAGUGUGUAUUGCUAAGAAGGAUGUUGCAUUGGUGUACUUUUCUAACCGUGUGAAAGUGGAAAGGCACAUAAAAACAGGAAUACAGAAAUAAGGCAUACACGAACCGUGGGUCACUAACGCAACAAACAAGAACGAAAAGAAAAGAACCCAUAACAAAACCAACACACACUCAACACACACAAAAAAACGCUUAAACGAGACUAUGCAAUCAGUACUUCCCAAUUUCUACAUACUCAAUUCGGUAACCUGCUCGCCGGCAUGCUAACGCGGUGCAAUUAAGCCUGCUGUCAACUUAAUCCCUUCCUACGCGGUACUUCUACUGACGUACUGUCAAACUGUCAAUUUCCGGAUGCCGAAAGUUGGCCAUGAACAAACAACCGCAGUACUUGUCGUACGGGAUAUCACGAUUUGUUUAUAUAUAUAUAUUAGUGAAGCAGAGCGGUAGCGAAAAUGGAACAAACGUAUGAAAAAAGCGAGAAGAAAACGGUAGAUGAAACGAAUAAAAAAAGUAUAUAGAUAUACAUAUAUUUAAACGCAAACGCACCUAUCCUGCGAAAUAUAGGGUGAGCAGACAUUGACAGCACCCACACACACUACAGAGCGGGUAGUACUUGAAUAAUGGGGUCUAUGAUAACUUCAACUAUUUUGUUUUUGUUUUCACACUUGAAGAUUUAUCCACUUUUAGCUUUGUCAUACAAAUAGGCAAACGAAGUUAGCUUGUGAAGGUGAGUUUAGAUUAUAUUUUUAGCUAAAUAUUACAUUUUCAGCUGCUCGAACAAACGUUUUUUUUUUUUAAGUUUUGACAAAUACAAUAAAUGAUAUAUGCUUGAAGCAUCGCAGACCCCACUAAUAGCAAAUGUUACCUAACUAUACAGCCAUACCCCAAGUGUGGAGAGCGUCAAAAACUUGUAAGCAGCAGAAGCGACAAACUGUCUACUACUGAACGGAGAAAAAGUAGCAAAACGUAUGUAUAUAAACCUUGUCCACCCCUUGUACUGUUCCAACACUACUAUUCUCCCUACUUCACUUCCUUCUCAUUGAAAAGCGCAUUGAGGGAAACGCUACCUAAUAGAGUAAAAACACAAAAAAGAACAACAACCGCUGCGGAUGUUGUGUUGUGCAGACACGCGCAAAUGCAAUCGAGCUAAACGAGCUAAAACAGGCGAUAAAUAUUAAUACCAUGAAGCAGUAUUAAAAUACAAAGUCUAUGCCGACGCGCCUCUAAUGUUGGGUCGUGUGGAACCGUGUUGUUUUCGUUCACCUAUGAAUGGUAUUAAUUGUUUUCUGUUCCUUACGUAUUGUUCUUUUUUUUUGUACAGUAUAUCGGUGAUAGCGUAAGCGAUAUGCUAGCCAGAGUUCGGAGUCUAGCUGAUGUGUAACAGAAUUUGUGCAAAUGAUACAUACCGCAACUGCAAUGCAACUAUAAACAUUUGUUAAACGUAAACGCUAUCCCGUAGUAUCGACGCAAGCAGUUUAAGAAAAGAAAACAAAGUUUUUUGGAGUGGAAAAGUAAAUACGGGAGACCUUCCCCAAUACAGGAACAUCAUCGCGAUGAAGUGACGAGAAUGAUAUGAUGGAGUAUGCAUAAAGAAGAUCAACGACUGGAUGAAGGAAACCGAUUCCACCGUGUUAAAUAGGCACGGAUAGAAAACAUAUAAUACAUAAUGGAUAAUGGAAAACAAAACGUGACAAAAUCAUAGGCAAAGCAGCAAAAUAUUAAGAUAAUUUUAUCCUAGAGGUUUGCAUACUUUAUGGCUUCGAUGGGUAUGAUUGAUUGAAUAACACCGGAACAAAAUCGUGAAACAGGAAACGCAACAUAAAGUCAAUGUAGCCGUCAAUGAAACCAGCAAAACAAAAAGGCACUGAAAAGCUGGCAAAACUGUUUCAAUAUGAUUUUUUUUAUAAUUUACAAAAAUGUUUAGCUACAAAUGAAAAACAUAAAACCACUCCUAAAAAAUUGUUGACCCAAAAAAACUAAUUAAAUGAUUUUUUUUAUGAUUAACAUAUUUUUUUAAAAAGCUUAUGUAAAUCAUUACUCUCCCCAUUUAGGCUGGACAAUUAUUUCCUAAACUUAACGAAGGAAAACCAAUAUGUAAUAAUAUUAUAAAAACGCUUCAAUCAGUCCGAAAAAGAAAAUUGUUGUUUCGAGACGAAAAUAACAAAACAAACCAAAUACAAGAUAUGACAUGGUAACAAAAAUGCUUCUGAACUUUGAAAUACUUAGCAACCAAAUAGGAAACAUACGACUGUUUUAUGUUCCUUUAUUUUUGCAUUUGUUUAAUGCUUAUUUUCCUUUCCUCAUUCGCGAUAGUUAACGAUGCCAAAAAGCAUGAAUGAAGAUCCGUUUUAUUUAAGUAAUUUACCAACAGCCAGUGUUGCUUUUGUAUGAUAAAUGCGUGUCUGAUAGUGCUUCCAGUGGGGCAACACGAAGCGCCCUUUACCCAGGAGCAUAAUUCGAAAAUUAACUUUUAAAACAAACCAAAAAUAAUCUGUUGGCAAUUGCCCAGAUUGUUACGUUAAUUGUUUUGAGUCGGAGCAUUAUGCUGUCUCGUUCAAUCAGCUUUAUACCGAAGGAAUGGCAGCGAGUUGAUAAAGCAAAGCUAACGAAGAAGAGAGCUGUAACCCUAACUAAGUACCCCAUAACAAAUGGUAACCGAAAGCAACACAUAACUAAAACACACUUACUGGUAUUAGCCCCCAAAAGCAAAUGUACUAAACGCAACUUAAAAACAAAAACAAUUCCAAACAAGCGACACAACGCAUCCUACUCCUACACUAAGGCCUAUUAUAAUGGGGCCUGCAUCCAAAGCAACCACAAAAAAGUAUAACACAAAAGAGAUGAAAGAAUUCCUUUGGAAUCAAAGUCUCUCUAUAAGACAUCACAACAACAAUAACAGAAGAUGCGAAAAAGAAAAGGUACCGAGAGAGUGCAGAGAGUGUGCGCUAGUGGAAAAAAAAUACAUUCGCCAAAGAAACGGUAGGCGAAACAUUGUAAAUCGAAGGCGUAAACGAAAACAACAAGAUGUUACAAAAUACAAGCAAACCGUGCGGCCAGGUGCCACCGGAAUACUCCAA